CCUUGUUUCCCAGGCUCUCUGCACGCGAUGUCCGCGGCUCCUGCCAGCAACGGGGUGUUUGUCGUCAUCCCGCCCGGCAGUGCCAGCGGCCUCCACCCCCCUCCAGCCAUUCUGCCCACCUCCAUGUGCCAGCCCCCGGGGAUCAUGCAGUUCGAGGAGCCACCACUGGGGACACAGACGCCAAGGGCCACCCAGCCGCCUGAUUUACGACCCGUGGAGACUUUCCUGACCGGAGAGCCCAAAGCUUUAGGGACCGUGCAGAUCCUCGUGGGCCUCAUCCACCUGGGCUUCGGCAGCGUGCUGCUCCUGGUCCGCCGCGGCCGCGUGGGGAUGCUCUUCAUCGAAGGCGGCGUCCCCUUCUGGGGUGGAGCCUGCUUCAUCAUCUCUGGGUCCCUCUCCGUGGCAGCCGAGAAGAACCGCACCAGCUGCCUGGUGAGGAGCAGCCUGGGCACCAACAUUCUCAGCGCCAUGGCGGCCUUUGCUGGGACAGCCAUUCUGCUCAUGGAUUUUGGUGUCACUAACUGGGAUGUGGGCAGGAGCUACCUGGCUGUGCUCACUAUCUUCACCAUCCUGGAGUUCUUCAUCGCAGUCAUCGCCACACACUUUGGGUGCCAGGCCACACGCGCCCAAGCCAACGCACCUGUGGUUUUCCUGCCUAAUGCCUUCAGCACAGACUUCAACAUCCCCAGCCCGGCAGCCUCCCCGCCCCCUGCCUACGACAAUGUGGCAUAUGUACCCAAGGAGUCGUCCGAGUAGCGGGUUGGGAGUCCUACGGGUUGGAGCCCAGCCUGCCCCCCACCCCACCUUGCCCCUUCCCCACUGCGCCCCGCACCCAGUCCCACGUGCCGGGGCACCUGAGUGAGGCGUCCCCAAGGGCGUCUGUCCCACACUCGUCCCCAGCAGUUUCCUUCCUGAAAGACGCCAGGUUGAUGCCGAGGGUGCAAGUCCUUCAGCCCCUGCAGCCCUGUCGUGCUUCCAGGGCACAGAGGCUGUCCAGAGUGUUGUGCGCACGGUCACGGUCCCCCCACCCCCCUCCCUGCAGAAACUAUGGUAACAUGGAGGCGGGCUUGACCCCAGCCCUGCCCACCUCCCAAGGUAGGGGGUUCGCAGGGGAGGGCUGAAGCCAGCCCAUUCCUCAAGCCAGCGUGGACAGGUGCACAGGGAAGCUGGCUGGGGCUCCAGCGCCUCUCAGCCUCCCUCCCCCACCCCACAGCCUGAGGACAGGGCUGCCCUGAGGGUCACUGGGCUGGGUCCCCAGGGGACCAAGAGAUGGCUGCCAGCCUGGUAUUCACAGGCCCUGGCAAAGGGCUCGUCUCCUCCAUAGCACAGAGGGAAAUAAACAGUGUGGCUUAAAUUUU